CUGGCAACGCUGCCCAUGCUGUCGAUCAUCUGGUAAGACAGUUCUUCGUAGGUUUGUUUUGAUAAAUGUUUUAUUCAAUUUUGUAAUGAACCUGACGAGUAGAAUCGUAACUAUCGCCAGAACAUGGCAGCCUUACGUUAUGCCAGUUCGAUUCCGGUAUCAUGCGGAGAAAAUAGCUCGUGGACCACUCGUACGCCGGUAUGGUUACAAAGAGGGAAUCCUUCAACGAGGACUACUUCCACACCUUGACAAUGGACAGAAACUGCCGAUGCCAGAAUAUAGACCCAAGAACGCAUGGUGCGAAAAACGAGCUCUGUUUGGCCAGAAUGACUACAUCGAUAUCCUGGGCAACGACAAACUCCACCCGACACGAGUUCUCUAUUCGGUUCCAUCGUGGCUGCGAGGUGUUUCCGGCAAUGAAUACCAAGUGUUGCUGCGUAAACGGAAGAUGCUUAGUCAAACGAUCUAUCCUGUGGCUCGGCCAACCAAGUGGCGCGACAUGGAAAAGCGGAUUUCUUAUCUCUACCGGUUUCUCAAUAGGAAAACCAAGACCGGACCGUCAAACAUAUAAAAUAUUGUUGAAGAUAGCCUCGAAGAAAAUAGUUUCAAUAAAUAUUACAUUUAAUUAGA